AUGACACUCAAUCCCAAUGCCGUGCCGUGGUCAGGAGCAGAGGCCAACGCCGAUCCAACAGGAGAGCCUGUCCACCAGCGAAUGGCUGGACCGCAUGAUCCCCGUUAUCACGGGUACUCCUCUUAUUAUCAGAACCAACCCCCACACUCCGUGCCUAUGAUGGUACCCCCGCAGUUCCCACGCCAUAUGAUGGGAGGUCAAGGAUUUCACAAUGCCGCCCAUCACGGUGGUCCAGCAAUGCCUUUACAUAAUCCACCAGUGCAACCCUACAACGCUGGAAGGUCAAGAGCGCAGCAAUAUAAUGCAGCUCCAAUGAGUCAUAUGCAACCCAGUGCGACACCUUCAUACCGAAAAGCAAAACCGGUUGUUAUUGUAGUCUUUGGAUAUCGUCGUGUGGGAAAAACAUCCGUGGCGCAACAUAUAGCAGAGACAUACAAAUGCAAAUAUAUUUCUCUAAAGCCAAAGGAUAAAGAAAGUGAUCCUUCUCCUGCAGAGUUUGUUGCUCCCUUGGUUGAUCUACUCUCUCGUAAAAACACUUUUGAGGGUAUUGUGAUUGAUGACAUUGUUUUGAGAAACAAAUUUGAACCUUAUUAUGUACAAUCUGUUCUUCAGAAAAGUGGAUUGAAAAUUGAUGUGGCAGUUGUUCUUGAUAAUGAUUUGGAAAAUACAAAAGAAAGAGGGGUGGAUUACACUGAUGCGUCUGCAAAACAGUUGCAUCCUGAAAGCUAUGAAUUUUGUGCGAAUUACCUUCAGGGAGAACCUAUUCUUGUUGUUGAAUGUCGUGAUAAAACUUUGGAAGAAGUUGUCGCUGACGCUUCAAGACAAGUGGGUUCUGUUAUUACAAUGAAGGAUACAACUAUAACGCUAAAAGAUGUGGAACUUAUGCCAAAGUGUCCACUUGAGCGCAAUCCAAAUUUUGUUACUGAAAUAUUGGAAGCUCAAAAUCAAUUGUUAAAUCUUAAUAAAGCCGCUUUGUUUCCCUAUUCUGAACCAAAUUAUCUAUUAGAUUAUGCUUUUUUCGUACGUCAUGCUUAUGCUUUUCGAAGCUAUAUGAUAACUCCAUGGAUGCAGGGCGAUAAAGUAAUUUUAAUUGGAUAUCAAAAUGCUGUUUAUAUUCAUUUACCUUCAUACAGAAUAAUAUUCCGAUUUACUGAAGCUCCAUCAACGUUAUUACGCUUGGCGAAAGAAAAAGCAGGUGAUCAUGGAGUUGGAUUCAUUUUUGAGGCUACUUUUGCCGAAAAUAAAUUGUACAUAUCGGAUCUAUUCAUGUUGGGAGAUCUUAAGGGUUCAGAAAUGCUUGUUAAUGAGCGUGUUGACGCAAUGAAGGAAAAUUUAAGUGAUUUGGAUGAUGAAACGGUGAAAUUACUUCCUUGGUAUCCUGUUCAAUCUAUGGAAACGUGUCAAUCUGAAAAUCCAGAAGCUAAUGGUGUGCUUUUUGUUAAUCCAGAGGGAGUAAUGUUUGGUGAAUAUGACAGUCGAAACUUUUUGUACUUUUUACACAGAAAAAGGACUGUUGACCUUCGUAUUUGGAACGGAAAUUUCAGCAACGGUUCUUGGACAUUUGACGCUUAUUUUGAAGAAUCUGGUAAAGAAAAACUUAUUGAGGGUGUCCCUGUUCAUAUUUCUGAUGCUGAUGUUUCAAGUUAUUGUAUUAAUGAUGGAAAUAUUCUCGCAUGUGCGCUUGAGGACCAUCAUACCGGACCGAAUAAAGCGAAGAAAGGUACCAAACACUAUGUAUUUCAGAGCCGCUGCAAUUGGAUGCUAAGACCCACCAGUGUUUUUAGGCAAGAGUUCUUUGUAAAAGAUCCAAAAUGGCCAUUGGAACGUGCGUCUCAGGCCUGCUCUUCAAUUAAAUAUAUUUGCCCGACACGCCCAGAGGUAACAGCAACUGCAACCGCAGACGGAUAG